CCUCCAUUGUUACAUUGUAGCAAGCGGGGCCGGGGCGAGCCGGGGGAGGAGGAGAAAAAAAAAGCGUCUGCUCGUCGGAAAUUCUCCCAACAAUUUGGCACCAAACGCAACAGACCAAGCCGCGCUUUGUUUUGCGUUUUUCUUCCCCUCCCCAACUGUUUUGUUUCAUUUAUUUGUUGUUUUUUUCUUUCGUUUUUUUCUUUUUCUUUUUAAAGCGAGAAGACUGCGAAGUGAGCCCAGCCGACCGAGCCCCGUCCCGGUGAGGAAACAGAACCAAAGGGGGGGUUGUUGGAAGCGAUAAAAGGAAAAAAAAAAACGAGCACUAAUGUCAGCGGAUUUCUCCAUUAUAAUCACCUCCAGCCUCACAUUAGGGGGAUAACACGUCCGGGGCUGUGUGCGUUGUUUCACGCCGCACCGAAAAGGGAGGAAAAAUGUCGGGAAAUAACCCCGCAGCCGAGCCGAUGACGCCCCUCUUCCCCCUUUCCCCCCUCUCGGCUGUCCUUUAAUCGGGGCUAUGCCACAUCCGAAUAAAAGCUGCCGCUCCUGUCAGCCAGCCGCCACCUUUCGCUGCGCACAACAAUGAGCUUGCAACCCAAGUGACCUCACGGAGAGACCGAGAAGUGUCGCAAACUGACAAUCAGACAGACCACUUUGUUGCAGGGAUAUCGUAUUUUUUUUAAAUUUUAUUUUAUUUUAUUAUUUGCACAUGACAAAAAAAAGCCUCUAACAGCGCGUUAAAAGAUUGAUGUGCAGCUCGUAUUGGAAAGAGACGAGCUCCGAGGCUGCUGGAUUAAGGGUCCCUCUUUCUGCUCCAGAUAGCAGGUUUCCAUGGAGGCAGGUCCGUCCCUAAGCCUCAAAAGAAGAUAUGAAGAGGUGGACGGCGGCUCUCUGUUCUCGACACCCAAGGACUCGGACGAUGACAUCUCCAGCAGCGACAGCGCCGACAGCUGCGACAGCCUCAACCCACCUUCCAGCGCACCGUUCACGCCCACCUCCAUCCUCAGGCAGCCUAGGCCGUCGCCGGGGGGGAAGCGGGUGCGCUUCGAUGUGGUGACGGUGUACUACUUCCCCCGGCGGCAGGGCUUCACCAGCGUGCCCAGCCAGGGGGGCAGCUCCCUGGGCAUGGCCCGUCACCACUCCUCCAUCCGACACUACACGCUGGGCGAGUUUGCACGCGAGCAGGAGAGCAGCCACAGGCACACGCUGCGCCAGCACCUGCGUCAGGAGAAGCUCAACGCUCGCAAGAUGAAGCUGACGAGGAACGGCACGGUGGAGUGCGCCCAGGCGGACCUCCUGACUCUAGAGGACGUGUCGGACGAGGACCUCGACGUGGACGCCGUGGAGGUGGACGACUGUUUCUUCCUCCAGCCUCUUCCUACGAAGCGGCGCCGAGCCCUCCUGCGAGCCUCCGGCAUCGCGCGCAUAGACGCCCGGGAGAAGGCCGAGCUCAGAGCCAUCCGCCUCUCCAGGGAGGAAUGUGGCUGCGACUGCCGCUUGUUCUGCGACCCUCGCCACUGCGGCUGCAGCCAGGCCGGCAUUAAGUGCCAGGUGGAUCGAAUGUCUUUCCCCUGCGGCUGCUCAAGGGACGGCUGCGGCAACGCUGCGGGCCGCAUCGAGUUUAACCCGCUGCGCGUCCGAACGCACUACCUGCACACCAUAAUGAAGCUGGACGUGGAGAAGAGGAGGCCGCCGAUACAAGGACCCGGGGAGCCGUACACCGAAGCCGACCCCGCGUCUUCGCCCUCCUCUACGUGCCCCACGUCCCCGACCUUGUCCUCGGGCAUCGGCCUGGACUCGGAGCUGGAGGAGAGCGAGGUGCAGUCGGUGGAGGAGGUGCACGAUCUCAUGGUGGAGCAGGACAUUCUGGAGCGCGAGAACGAGACGGCCGUGCUGCACCUGCAGAGCGCCGAGGAGCAGGAGCGGAGGGAGAGGGAGGAGGCCGAAGGGGAGGCGGUGCAGCAGGAGCUGGGCUCCGGCGGGGUGACGGAGCACCCGCUCUGCCUGCUGCCGGGGCCGGCAGAAGCUCCAGCUGUGGAUCAGAUCCUCCUGCAGGGACCGUUUCCCACGGGGGCCACGGUCCUGUGCAUCUCUGACACCCAGGAGGAGAGCCCCUCUGAGCUCCUCAAAGACUCCACGUCUCUGCUCUACUACCAGCUCAGCACCAUAGAGCCCGAGGCCUUCGAGGCGCUGCCGGCAGCCGAGGAAGACGAGCAGGACGAGCCCCCGCAGAGCGCGGGCGGCGCCGAGCCCGCGCAGAAGAACCGAGAAAUAGUCAAGGAUUUCCAAGGGGACGCGCACGAUGACGGCGGCAGCAGACGGAGCGUGGGCGAAUGCUCGACCGGCACCAAUCCGUGCACCGAGGCGGAGGAGAGGCCCGCAGGCCCCGACGAAAAGGCAGCAAAAGGCCAGGACGGGGAGAAAGAAGCGGCUGCACUGCCUGCCGAAGUUUAGCAUUAGCGUCUUUGCAGAUAUUUUGCACAAUAGCGUCAUCUAAGAUGAGUAAAAUGCAUAUUCCACAUUCAUCACCGCGAUCCCCCAACAUCUAUAGGUCAUUUAUAGUGAGCAACAUUAAGUUAUGUGCAGAAGGGUUGUUAUGACACAGGAGGAGAGGUGCUGGAGGCACAUGAAGAUCACUCCCAUGGUGCGGCGGCGAUGCACUUAAACAAAGGCAGCGUCAGAGGAGGUUCCGCUGGGGGUGCUGAACGCGGCCUUAUUUGGAAACCAUUAAAACGGCUCCAGAAACACGGAGCGUAAACGCUGACUUAAGCCUUUCGUUUGCUUGGUGUAUAAAGCCGUCAACGGCGAACACAAACUGUUAACUGCGUGCAAGACGUCGGCGUAGCUGCCGGCUCCGUUUUCCCCCGCCCUGCACCGCCAACCUUACGCUGUAGUCGCACCAAAUUCACGGCCUGCGAUGGUUUCCCUCUGCUAACCACACACCGAAGGAUCCUGGAAAUACUUGUUUUUGCGUUCUGUACGCGCAGCUUUCGCAAACCUGCUGGAGAGCUGCUCUGUUCGUGCGCACAUUGUGAAAGUGAAUGCGCCACCGCUCAGAGACAUGAAGGAAAAAAAAAAACCAAGAGGGCAGCGGAUUAGUUGUUCCCGUCGCUGACUCUGGACUGCCGGCACAACUGCAGUCAAACGGAGACAAAAGGUCACUUAAAACUAAUUUACUGACGUUGUUUCUUGAACUAUUGUGUCUUUUGUGAAUUGGAUGCUGUUGGUUUUAACGUCUCUGCAGUUUGGGAAGGAAAUGAAAAGUUAUUUCUUUUAACAGUGCUACAUUAUUACAUUAUAGUCAGUCAUAUCAUGUUAUGAUAAAAUGCAAGAAUAUAAAUUUUUAGUGAUUUUUAAAUGCUUUUUUUUUUUGUGUGUGUAAGAAAGUUCUGACUAUAAAUCGAGCCAAAUCACAGUACCUCGCAAAAGUAUUCGUUUCCCUGGAACAUUUCAUUGUUUUUCUCAUGUUUCAACCACAGAUUACUGCAGAUUUUUUUUUUGUGGGAUUUUAUGUGCUUGACGAGCAAAAAGUAGUGCAUAACUGUGAAAAUGAAAGACACGUUUUUACAGAUAGAAAUCCUGGAAGUUGUGCGGCAUAUUUGUGUUCUUUGACUGAGAAUUUUGUCUUUGCAAAUCAACACGAGCUCAGCUUGGGUGGAGAACGUCUGUGAAAAGCCAUUUUAAGUCUCACCACAGAUUCUCAUUUAAAAUAAGGUUUGGACUUUGACUUGUCAAUAUCUUCUGAAUUAGAAAAAAAAUCUUUUGAAUUAAACUGAAUAAAGUACUGAUUGAAUAUUUAGGGUCAUUACCCUGCUGCCCCCCCCCCCCUCCCCCUCUUCCCCCAACUCCUAGCCUCAAGACCUCUAGGGUUACCCUGAAGAAAAGCCUCUCUGAGGCACGAUCUCGUCAGAUCAUCCACAGUAUGGUUGAUUUUUGUCAUUCGCGUCGUCCCAAUGGAUAUGCUGGUGCUCUGUGUCACGGGCCUCAUUGACCAACCCGUUUCUGUGCUUUAUCCUG